AUGGGGUUUUGCUUCUCCAAAUCACAAACACAUGAGAUCCCAAUCUCCUCUUCUUCCGAUUCUAGCCCUCGUCAUCGCUACCAACCUAUCCCCAAACCAACCAUCCCUCAAGGACAAACCAGUCAUUUCCCCACCAUUCCUAAACCCAAACCAGCUCCUCCUCCUCCUUCCUCCUCCGGUUCCCAAAUCGGUCCAAUCCUUAACCGGCCAAUGAUCGAUCUCUCUACUCUCUACGACCUCCACAAAGAACUCGGCCGUGGCCAAUUCGGAAUCACAUACAAAUGUACGGACAAAUCCAACGGCCGAGAGUACGCCUGCAAAUCAAUCUCCAAACGCAAACUCAUCCGUCGGAAAGACAUCGAAGACGUGAGGCGAGAGGUCAUGAUCUUGCAGCAUCUCACCGGCCAACCAAACAUCGUCGAGUUUCGAGGCGCGUAUGAGGACAAAGACAAUCUCCAUGUGGUCAUGGAGCUCUGUUCUGGAGGAGAGCUCUUUGAUCGUAUCAUCAAGAAAGGAAGUUACUCUGAGAAAGAAGCUGCUAAUAUCUUCAGACAGAUCGUUAAUGUCGUUCAUGUUUGUCAUUUCAUGGGUGUUGUUCACAGAGACUUGAAGCCUGAGAAUUUCUUGCUUGUUAGUACUGACGAAGAUUCUCCGAUCAAAGCCACCGAUUUUGGACUCUCUGUUUUCAUCGAAGAAGGUAAAGUGUAUAGAGAUAUAGUUGGGAGCGCGUACUAUGUGGCACCAGAAGUGCUACAUCAAAACUACGGGAAAGAGAUUGAUGUAUGGAGCGCUGGUGUAAUGCUUUACAUUCUUCUCAGUGGUGUUCCUCCUUUUUGGGGUGAGACCGAGAAGACUAUAUUCGCGUCGAUUUUGGAAGGAAAGCUGGAUCUUGAAAGCUCUCCUUGGCCUAGUAUAUCGGAAAGUGCGAAAGAUUUGAUAAGAAAGAUGUUGGCAAGAGAUCCUAAAAGACGGAUUACCGCAGCUGAAGCACUUGAGCAUCCAUGGUUGACAGACAGCAAGAUUUCAGAUAAACCAAUCGAUAGUGCUGUUCUUAUUAGGAUGAAGCAAUUCCGCGCAAUGAACAAGCUCAAGAAACUUGCCUUGAAGGUGAUUGCGGAAAAUCUAUCGGAAGAAGAGAUCAAGGGACUAAAGCAAAUGUUUAAGAACAUUGAUACAGAUGGAAGUGGAACCAUCACUUUUGAUGAACUUAGAAGCGGUUUACAUCGGCUUGGAUCUAAGCUUACGGAAUCUGAAAUCAAACAACUCAUGGAAGCUGCUGAUGUGGACAAAAGCGGGACGAUUGAUUACAUUGAGUUUAUAACUGCUACAAUGCAUCGCCAUAGAUUGGAGAAGGAAGAGAAUUUGAUAGAAGCAUUCAAAUAUUUCGACAAAGACAGAAGCGGUUUCAUCACAAGGGACGAGCUUAAACAUUCCAUGACUCAGUAUGGUAUGGGUGAUGAUGCGACCAUAGAUGAAGUUAUCAAUGAUGUCGAUACCGAUAAUGAUGGGAGAAUAAACUACGAAGAAUUUGUGGCGAUGAUGACGAAAGGAACUACAGAUACAGAUUCGAAGCUGAUCAUCAGAUGA